AUGGGUGAUUUUUUACCAAUUUGUUUAAGCGAUCAUUUUUAUCAUGAUGUGAUUUCUUCUUGUUCUGUCAUGGGUGAUUGUGCUGGUUGUUUUCAUUCUCUGAACUAUUGCGUUAUUAGCCUCAUACCCUGCAGAUUGUCCAAGUAUCGAGCGUCUUUCAAGUUAAAUCGGUCAUUGAAGUGGUUUGUAAGGCUUGUUCUUCGUUUUGAUGGGCGCGAUUUUCGUUCUAAUGGAGCUGGUAAUACUUCCAAGAUUGCCCUGAAUCGAGCUUCUUUUUCGCUUUUUAAAACAUUAAAUGUUUAUAAUCAUCUAAAGCCUCCUCAUCUUAUUGGAAUGCCAAACCUCCGAGGUCACUGUUUCGCAACUUCGGUAUUAAUUCCUCUUUUCAAUAGCUCAGCAUUCACUCAAAUGCUUUCCGCCGAGGGUUUUCGAUUAUGCUCAUUAAUUAAUCACCAUGGAAUUAGGCGACCAACUUUGCGCGAUGUGAUCAUCUCACAGUCCCCUAAUUCUCUUUUUUGGACCCAGGCUUUAUAUGAGCUUUAUCGCCUUUAUCUUAAGUUCAGUUUCAAAGGUUCCCUGAUUUGUAAUAAUAUUCAUCCUGGUUUGGUUGAGGGAUUUUUGAAGCCAUCAUUGGACAAGCCUUUGAAUGAUUUACGGAUGGAUCACCGCUUCAUCCUCUUAAUACGUCAUUUAGCUGAGUUUUCUAAUCCAGAAUAUUUCAAACCAGAAGGACGCGAAGAGGUUUUUUUAGCUGAUCUAUUUACUAAUCUUUGCAGUGAGUGGAAUGAUUUUGCUGAGAAGUUCACCACUAUCGUCGUGGUCCCUACAAAGUGUGCCAGUUGUAAUCUCGUUGACCUUAAUCAUCCUGUUUUUGUUCCUUAUAUUCCCAUUCUUGGGUUUCGCCUUGAUUUUGAGUCAAUCGAUCUGACCACUUAUGUUUAUUGGCCUAAUCAUUGGGCACCUUAUUUCUUAAAGGGCUGUACAAAUCGUAUCAGUGGUAAUAUUUGUGGUGGUAAACUUGAGGUCUCAGGAGAUUUCAAGGUUUUGAGUUUUCCUGAUGUUCUGAUUUUCCGUUGCCCAGGGCCCAGUCAGCACUAUCGACUUUCUAUUCCAAUGUUGGAUGAUUUAUCUUUCCUUUUCAAUGAAAAGGAUUUUAUUUAUUCAAGGAUUGGUUAUUCAUGUGAUUUCCCUUGCUUCAAAAGCUCUUCAGGGUUUGAUUAUGAGGAUAUUUAUCACCGUCCUGAGCCAGGCGAUGUUGAGAAUGGUUGGCACUCAACGUGUCAUAUACAUACAACUACUGGUUGGCUCGAGCAAAAUAAUGGAUCUAUUUCUGAAUGUCCAGUUGAUUUAACCGAAAGUUAUACUGAGACAAGUUUGAUCUUUUACGAGCUGAAAAAUUUAUCUUCAUUUCCUCUUAAGCCGUUGACCAAUUAAGUUCAGAGUUUGUGU